AUGACUGUUAAAUUGACUGUUAUGCUUUAUGACAGUUUAGCCAUAUUAGCAUUAGUAUUAGCAGAAGAAGCCCUUGAUACUAGAGAGGGUGAAGAUCUUAUAUUAAAAUGUCGUUUUAAUGAACAACAAAGAUCUUCAGAAUUCUCAUAUUAUUGGGCGAGAUGGACAACGAAUCCAGUAAAAUUCGAAAAUGUAGCUAUCGGUGAUAUACAAUUAAAUUCAAAUUACAGACUUGACUUUCGUCCUGACAAAGGUAUAUAUGAUUUACAAAUACGAAAUGUUUCGUAUAAUCGAGAUAAUGGUCGUUUUGAAUGUCGAGUUAAGGCACGUGGUACGGGUGCUGAUGUACAUCAAGAGCAUUAUAAUUUAACGGUUUUAACACCACCACAGCCACCAUUAGUUGCACCAGGUGCUAUAGCUGUAACAACAGAAGAUAAAAAGACAGAUUUAACAUGUAGCAGUAUAGGUGGAUCACCUGAUCCAAUAAUUCAUUGGUAUCGUGAUGGAAGCCCGGUACCUUUACAAGCACCAUUAAAUCGAGGUGGUUCAAAAGAUUUACACACAACUUCAACAUUAUCCGUAACACCAAGGCGUGAAGACGACGGUGCAAGAUAUAAAUGUGUGGUAUGGAAUCGAGCAAUGCCGGAAGGAGAAAAAUUGGAAACUACUGUAACUUUAAACGUUAACUAUUAUCCUAGAGUUGAAGUAGGACCAGCGAACCCACUACGUGUUGAACGUGAACGUACAGCCAAAUUGGAAUGUAAUGUUGACUCUAAGCCAAAAGUUUCGAACGUACGUUGGACGCGUGAAGGUACCGACGGUCGCACAGAUGGUCGUUAUAUCGGUUCGCAAUUUAUUCACUCUAUACAACGGGUUUCAGAACAAGAUGCAGGAAAAUAUAAAUGUACCGCAGAUAAUGGAUUGGGACGUACGGGUGAACAGGAAAUAUUUUUGGAUGUAUUAUAUGCACCAAGUGUUGUUAUUGAGUCUAAAACACGGGAAGCUGAAGAAGGCGCGCCUGUUAGCAUACGUUGUAAUGUAACAUCAAAUCCAAAACCUGUUACUAUUGAAUGGUUGAAAGAAGGUAGUCCAGAUUUUCGCUAUAAUGGUGAAGUAUUAAAUUUGGGUAGCGUAAGAGCAGAAAACGCUGGUAAUUAUGUAUGUAGGGCUGUUAAUAUUAUGGAACCAUUUGAUGGGAAACGUGUUGAACGUGUUGGUAAUUCAACUGUUGCCCUAUUAAUAAGACACCGACCCGGCCAAUCAUUUAUUACACCAAAUAAACCAAUAGUUCAUGUUGGAAAUGGUGUGACAUUAACAUGUUCUGCAAAUCCUCCUGGUUGGCCUGUACCACAAUAUCGUUGGUUUAGAGACUUAGACGGAGAAUUUACAGGAUCGAAUUCAAAAAUAUUAGCGCAAGGUUCACAAUAUAUCAUACCAAGAGCUCAUUUAGGUAGCGAAGGAAAGUAUCAUUGUCAUGCAGUAAAUGAAUUAGGAAUUGGAGAAAUGGCAACAAUUAUUUUAGAAGUCCACCAGCCACCACAAUUUUUAGCUAAAUUACAGCAGCAUAUGACAAGAAGAACGGGUGAUACAGAUUAUGCCGUUACGUGCAGUGCAAAAGCAAAACCUAAGCCAAGUGUAAGAUGGCUUAAAGAUGGGAGUGAAAUUUUGCCAGAAUUAAAUCUUUAUGAAGUUAAAACAAAUCCAAUUCAGGGUUCAAACGGUAUGGUUACAGUACAAAGUAUGUUAAAAUUUCAUGGUAAAGCCAGACCCAAUAACAACCAGUUGAUACCUGGUGAUCGUGGAAUGUACACUUGUCUUUACGAAAAUGAAGUAAGUCAAGCCAAUUCAACAAUGCAUUUAAGAAUUGAACAUGAACCAAUCGUUUUAAAUCAGUACAAUAAAGUUGCAACUGAUAUAAGAGAAACAGCUGAGGUAAUCUGUAGAGUUCAGGCAUAUCCAAAACCUGAAUUCCAAUGGUUAUAUGGUAAUAACCCAUCACCAUUAUCAAUGUCGUCAGAUGGUCAUUAUGAAAUACAUACAAGUUCAGAUAACAAUGAUAUUUACACAUCCGUCCUUAGAAUAAAUCAAUUGGUUCAUAAUGAUUAUGGUGACUAUACGUGUCGUGCUACAAAUUCACAAGACGCUGUGAGAACUGUCAUACGUCUUCAACAAAAAGGUAAACCAGAAAAACCAACAAAUGUUCAAGCAAAAGAAAUUGGACCAAAUUUUGUUACAUUAGUAUGGGAUUCUGGCUUUGAUGGCGGUCUAAGCAAUACAAUGAAGUUUUUUGUUGCAUAUCGUCGAGUUUCAACUCCACAAAAAGAACAAAUGAUAUCUGAUUGUGCAACAUUAGCUACAAGUAACACAGAUUGGAUGGAAUACGAUUGUCAACGUGAAAGUCCUUGUAAAAUUCAACCAUUAGAUCAACAUCAAAGUUAUGCUUUUAAAGUAAAAGCACGUAACGCUAAAGGUGAAUCGGAAUUUUCGCAUGAAGUUUUAACAACAACAAAAGUUAGUAAAAUUCCACCGCCAUUGCAUGUCACAUUCGAUCCAAAUUCAAGAACAUUAGGUAUAAAUGUUGGAGCAACAUGUUUAGCAUUAAUUGCUGUAGUUGAAACCUUAAUUAAUCGUGAUACACCAUCAGCAGCAUGGGAAAUUGUUGAUACAGUACAAUUACAAGUUUCUGGUAAUGGACCAACAUUUAAGGAAACAGUUAUACAUCAUUUAGCGAUUCCACGUCGUUCUGGUAAUGCCAGAUCUUUAGGUAGCUUAGUAUUAGAAGAUGAUGUACCAAUGGCAUUGGAAGAUGAUAUGGGACCAACAGUUCGUGUUAAAUUAUGCCUAAAAUCAAAUAACGAGCAUUGCGGUGAUUAUGCAGAAGCUGAGAUUGGAUCAUCUUAUAUAGCUGAAGCAUCAGCAUUACCAAUACCAACAUUAAUAGCAAUUAUUGUUUCCUGUAUAGUAUUUGCCCUAUUUGUUGGACUAUUACUAAUGUUCUGCCGUUGUAAGCGUAAUCAAUCAAAGAAAAGUGCUGCUGCAAAAGAUUACGAAAUGGAUUCAGUUAGACCAUCAAUUGUUGCCCAACAAAAUCAAGCACCACCACCAUACUAUCCAGCUAGUGGUUUAGAUAAUAAAGCACUUGAACAUUCAAUGGAUUUAGCACUCAGUAUGGAAGAUCAAAAGACUGCUGUCUAUGCAUCGCAGAAUGGUUUUAGUUAUCAUCCAAAUACUGGAAUUCAAGUGCCUCAGCAUACAAUACCAGGAAAUGAAUGGGUUAAUAUGAGCUACAUAGAAAAUAGUUAUUCAAAUUCAAAUAAUGGUGGUAGCGUUAAUUCACAAGAUUCAUUAUGGCAAGUUAAAAUGUCAGCAGCAGCUGGUAAUCAAACAAAUUUGGUGCCAUCUCAUAAUUUUGUUGAUAGACAACCAUCAUAUGGUUAUGAUCCAUUAACGCAUGGUGGUUAUGGUGCUGUUGAUGAUUAUGCACCAUAUCCACAUUUAACAACAACAUCAAGUCAACAUGGUGAUGAAUAUCAUAAUAUGAGAAAUAGUCAAAAUCCAUCCAGACAAGAUUAUUGUAGUGAUCCAUAUGCAUCAGUACAAAAACCAAAGAAAAGAGUUGAUCAACAUUUAGAUUCACCAUAUCACGAUGUAAGCGGUUUACCUGAUCCCUAUAUGGAACAAAUGGAGCAGGAUGAUACAAAACCACCACAACAACAUAUGUCACUUAGUUAUGAUGAAAAUUUGGAAAGUGGUUAUUCAACACCGAAUUCAAGAAAUCGUCGUGUCAUAAGGGAAAUUAUAGUCUGAAAAUAUAAUAUUCAGGGUGCAUUCUUAACAUCUCCUUCUCUUUUUUUCACUAUUUUAGUAUAAUAUUUUUUUUUUUAACGUACACAAAACUAAAUUUAAAUUACAAUUAUUAUUUUACACAAUAAUUUUAAGUAUAUAAGAGAAAAAGUAUAAUUAAAUAAAAUAAAAUUGUAAAGAGAAAAAGUAAAAUC